CUGGGGGGUUGGGAUGCACCUUGUCACUUCUAGAGGGAUCCUGUGUUUUCUUUGAGAAACCUGGUCCCCUUUUUACCAGCCCCUCUCAGAGCAGCCUCACUGAGGUUGAACUAGGGCUGGGAAAAAGACAUCUAAGUGCAUCCCAGGGACUUUGCUUGGGCAUCUGCAGGGCAGGACAUGCUCUGAAACCCAGCAGUUGUGAGGCCUUUUGCAGCAGCUUGUGACCCCUGUCCCCUGCUUCUUCCAGGAGGCACCGGGGGAGUGUCAGGCCCCUCUGCAAGCAGAGAGAGAAGCAGCCAGAGCCGAAAUGCAGCGACAAAGCGAGGAGCUGCUGAAAUGGACAGAAGCUGAGCGGCAGAAACUCACCUGGGAGUGGAAGGUGCUGCGUGGGUUUCUGGAAGUGCAGGAGCAGCUGCUGCUGUUCCGGCUGGAAGAGCUGGAGCGAGCCAUUGUCCAGAGGCGGGAUGAGGGCGUCUGCAGACUGUUCUGGGAAACUUCCCUGCUCGGGGAGAGGGGAGGAGAGAAGGGGCAGCAGUUACUGACCCAGUCCCUGCAGGGCACUGGCAGUGCUGGGGGCAGGGAGGACGGAAUUUUUCCAGAGCCGAGCUUUGUGGUGCUGGAGCAGAGACUCAGCGAUUUCUCUCUGACAAGCGUCCGCCUGCAGGAGAUGCUGCUGGCAUUCAGAGAGACACUGCAGUUGGAGCUGGGGAGCGACACAGUCGCCCUUCUCGCCCCGCCAGGCUGCGGAACGACGUCUGUCUUUUACCCCAGCUCAUUCCCUCCUGCCCUGGCACAGGGCAGAGAAAUGGCUGCGGUGGAACCAGUUCAGGGGCUGGUGACCUUCGAGGAGGUGGCUGUGCAUUUCACCGAAGAAGAGUGGGUUCUGCUGGACCCCGCUCAGAGAGCCCUCUACAGAGACGUCAUGCAGGAGAACUACGAGAACGUGUCCUCGCUGGUCUACCUGUGGAACUCUUUGCCUGAGGAUAUGAAGGCCAAGACGAUAACAGGGUUCAAAUCAGAUCUAGCCAUCUGUACGCAAAGGCAAACAGGAUUAGCCGGCAAACAGGCAAACCCUAAGAAGAAAUGCUGCCUCACAUUCAAAGAAGAGUGGCUGGAUGAAAUAGUCGAAACAGAAUCUCAGCAAUUUAGAGGCAAGAGUCGUGUGCAGCUAAGGGAAAUUUUCCAGUACAGUGCCGAUGUGGGCUUGAUCUGCAAAAUGUGUGCUAAUGCUAGAAUCUCCAGCGACUUCUCUACGGGCAAGAAAUGGGAAAAUGGAUGGAAGUUGGACUACAUGAAGAGGCAUUUAUCUAGCAGAGGUCACGAAUCUGCUGUACAUAUUCUUAGAGGUGCAAAUUCUCACCUACCGAGACUUGACAUGCAAUGUAUUCCAUUAGAAACCACUAAUAACAGAAAGAAGAAACUGGAACUGAUGGAGAGGCAACGUGCAAAGCCAGAAGAAAUAAAAAUUCUCAUAGACAAUGUUCUGCUUGCAAUACAUAUGAAUGGCUCCAUGAACUGUGUGCAAAGUAUAAACGACCACAUGGCAAAGUAUCUGCCUCUUCCAGCGAGUUGGCGUAGCAAAAACUAUGCUUUCAAGUUUCUGGAGUCCAUCAACAGUGUUGUCCACGCAGAAAUCAUGUCACAGCUUCGCCUCUCAUCUUACCACACACUCAUUAUUGAUGAAAGUGCAGAUAUUUGUGUUAACAAGGUGCUGAUAAUUUACUUUAAGUUCAGAGAUGCAGCAUCUGCAGCUUAUAAAACCGUGUUUGGUGGCAUUAUAAAAUUAUCCGCUUGUAAUGCGCAAGCUAUUACAGCGGCUAUCAAAGAUUUCUACACACUGAAUAAGCUGGAUUUGAUGAAAAUGGUCAUGUUCACAUCAGAUGGUGCUUCUGUCCUGCUGGGGGGAAACAAUGGAGUUGCCACACAACUCAAGCAGUAUGUUCCGCACUUAAUAGAGCAGCACUGUGUGGCCCAUCGAGAAGACUUGGGGUUAGUUGAGGCAUGGAACCAAGUACCGAUGAUGAGAACGAUAGAGACACUUUUGAAGACCAUUUACACCGUCUUCUGCCGAUCCUCAGACGGACGGGGCCAAUUUGAGGAAAUGGUAAAUGUCACCGAAAAUGAGACUGUAUCAUUUAAACCUCUCAAUGAAGUGAGGUGGCUUUCUCGACAUUUCACGGUAAGCGCUCUCAUGCGCAAUUAUGAGACCCUUCUCAGGUACUUUGAACGUGAACUCUCAGAAAAUAAUGACCCAAUAGCAAAGUACUGCCUGAAUAAGCUCUCUGACACCAAUUACCGUAUCACGCUAAUGGCAUUAAAUGAUGUUUUACACGAAUUAGCAGAGCUGACCAAAUGCUUUCAGAAGAGCUCCUUAACAACUGUUGAAGCUGUGCACUUAGCAAGGGACCAGAUUCGAAAGAUGAGAGGGCAGUAUCUCGGAGAAACAGUCUUUUGGAGCAACAGUGUAAAACACCUCAUUGGCUCACGCACAAGAGGUGAACAAUUUAGCGGUGAAACUAUUCUGAAUUUCGUGUCCCUACUGUGUGAUCAUCUCAAUAAAAGGUUCCCGGAAAAAGAACUAAAUGAAUGGGCAGCUUUUGACUUUGCUUCACUUUCCUCCCAGCAAAACAGUCAUGAAUUUGGCAGUGAAAACAUUGUCAAGCUAGUUGACAAAUACCGAAAAAUUUUGGACCUUAGUCGAGUGACGUUGUCUGCUGAAAACACCAUGGAGGAGGAGGAGGAGGAAGAGGAGUUCAUUGUGAACCAGUACAAAGAUUACAAACGGAUAAUUUCAGAGAAACAUGAGGCAAAGCUGCUGACAAAUUUCCAGGAAAUGGUGUCUUUCAGUCUACAAAAUGCAGAACACUACAGCAUCAUUUCACAACUGGUGGAUAUAUGUGCAACCUUCCAAGCAUCCAGUGCUGAUUGUGAGCGUGGCUUCAGUCUUAUGAAUAAUAUCAAAACUAAAAUGCGGAGCAGAUUGAAAGAAGCUCACCUGGAUAUGUUAAUGAGGAUAAAAUUUCACACUGCAAAUGCAGGAGAAAUAAACCUUGAUACUGUCUAUAAUCAUUGGAAGAGUGGUAGAGACAGAAGAGAAAAGGUUCGUGACCAGCGGCGGGUAUCUGUCCCAACAUCUAGCCUGCCAACUACCAGCUCGAGGUCUCAUUCCAGUGACAGUGAUUAGUGGUCUAAUCACAAAAAUACAUUAAUUUAUUUCAUGUGUCAAAACAAAAGAACAUUGAAUUUUAUGUCACAACUUACAAGAAUCUAUUGCAAUAUGGAAAGACACUUACAUAAAAAACGUUUUUCAUGGUUCACACCAAGAGAUACAGUCUUUAAUUUCAAGCAUAAAGAAAGCGUAUCAAUUGUUUUAUUUUAUGCAACAGUACUAAUGAUAAAAUAUUUUCUUUCUUAUGUCAAGAAAAUGGAUAGCUUUGUUUUAUGCCCCAAAGAAAUAAAGAUCUGUAAGAUUCUAAAAGAUCCCAGAGGGGUUUCCCUAGGGAUUUUAUUUGGGAACUCUAUUCUAGUAAGACUUUAUUAGCUGUUUUGGUUUUUAUUAUUGAUUUUAGUAACAUCUUAAGCAGUGUAUCUUGUAAGAUUCUAAAAGGUUACUGAAAACUUGGUAGUGUUAAUUUUCUUCUUAAUUUGACUCCUGUGGCACCUCCAAGACUAACAGGUAUACUAACCAAGUAUAUACUAGAAUGAAUUUUGUUCUAUGCACUAGUAUAUUUAUGACUGCUUCUGUAAUUUCCACUUCAUGCAUUUGACAAAGUGGGUUUUUGCCCAAAUAGAUGUUAGUCUUUACAGUGCCACAGGACUCUUUGUUGUUUUUUGCAGAUGCAGGCUAACAUGGCUACCCCUCUGAUACAUUUUUUUUAAUUUGAUUUCCUAUUAAAUCAACAUUUUAAG